UUCCAUGGUUACUAAAGAAAUUUAAUAUGUGUGGUUUAUUUGCUCUAUAAAUAAGUUUCGGGAGUAUGAUGUUAACGCGAUGAGGCUUUUAUCCGAUUAAAUUGUAAAUCACGGGGCGUGGGAGACCAUUUCUUUUCGAAAAUGAUAAUCGCGUUGAUAUUUUUAUGUGUCUUCACUCGUAAUUUAGGCACUUGUUUGCAACACACCACCAAAGUCACGGACGAGGACGACGAUCCGCUGCCCCAUCACGAAAAGUGCCAGCCGAUCACCAUACCGUUUUGUAGCGGCAUCCGCUAUAAUACGACGAUAAUGCCGAACCUUUUGGGGCACACGACGCAGGAGGACGCGGGAUUAGAAGUCCACCAGUAUUUUCCGCUGGUGAAAGUUAAUUGCAGCGCCGAUUUGCAAAUAUUCCUGUGUUCCGUGUUCGUGCCUGUCUGCACCAUCCUGGACCAUCCUUUGCCGCCUUGCCGGUCGCUGUGUCUAUCGGCGAAGCAAUGCGAGAAUGUAAUGAAAAAGUUCGGGUUCGAUUGGCCCGAGAAUUUAAAUUGCGACAAUUACCCCGAUAAUACAGAGUCGGACGCGUUGUGCGUGGGGGAGAACAAGACGACGCUGUCGCCCGGGACGCAGAGUUCUACAGUGUCUUCGAACCAAAAUGUCCUGACCCGUUAUAAUUCCCCAAAUCACGCCAAAAAUUUCGGAUUCGUAUGUCCGGAGCAGUUUAAGGUGCCCGCGGAUUUGGAGUACAGUUUUAAGGUGGCCGAUAAAGUAGAGAAAAAUUGCGGGGCCCCGUGUCACAUGAUGUUCUUCAGCGAGAGCGAACGACAAUUUUCGAAAGUGUGGAUCGGCAUAUGGGGUAUCCUGUGCUCCGCCAGUUGCCUGUUUACAGUGUUCACUUUUUUGAUUGACAUUGACCGGUUUCGGUAUCCGGAACGACCCAUCAUUUUCCUCUCUGUGUGUUACCUGAUGGUGGCCAGUGCUUACGUGGCCGGGUUUUUGACCGGCGACGUGAUCUCGUGUCGGCAGCCUUUUCCGUCAAAACACGGCAAUGUCAGGGUGAGCACGGUGACGCAGGGCACGAAAUAUGAGCUCUGCACCAUCCUCUUCAUGGUAUUAUACUUCUUCAGCAUGGCCUCCAGCAUAUGGUGGGUCAUUUUGACUUUGACCUGGUUCCUGGCGGCCGGCUUAAAGUGGGGCCACGAGGCGAUCGAGGCGAACUCUCAGUAUUUUCAUUUGGCCGCAUGGGCCAUCCCGGGGGUUAAAACAAUAACCAUUUUAGCGACGGCAAAAAUCGAUGGCGAUAUUUUGAGCGGCGUCUGCUACGUGGGAAUUUGGAACGUCGAGACGAUGCGGGUGUUCGUUCUGAUCCCUCUCGUCGUCUAUUUAAUUUUCGGCACGAUUUUCCUCACUAGCGGUUUCGUGUCCCUGUUCCGUAUCAGGACCGUAAUGAAACACGAAGGAACCAAAACGGAAAAACUGGAGAAACUGAUGAUCCGGAUCGGCAUUUUCUCGGUGCUGUACACGCUGCCCGCUCUCAUCGUCAUCGCGUGUUUGUUCUACGAGCACACUUAUUUCGACGAGUGGAUGAGAACCUGGUGGUCCGAUAUCUGCCACAAUCCCAAGUACUCGGUUCCGUGUCCCGUAUCAAGCGGAGUCCAGAAAAAAAGGUAUCCCCGUUUCGAAAUAUUCAUGGUCAAGUAUCUGAUGACCAUGAUCGUGGGCAUCACGUCGAGCGUUUGGCUGUGGUCGGGAUUCGGAAAGACCCUUCACAGUUGGAAGGUGUUUUUGAACGGUCUGAAACGGAGACGCGUCGAAGCAUACGUGUAGUUAUCACAAACUCAGACUCUAUUAUCGGAAGCGAAAUUUUUUGCAGGUUUCCAUCUGCCAGUGUGUUUCGCCCUGUCCGGUAACUGUGAUUGAACUGCGAUAUAAAAACGCCAGAAAAACUAAGAAUUAUAGGGUUGUGCAAGUAUCGAUGACGUAUGUCGUCCUUCCUGUCGUGAGUGUCGUCAAUUAUUGCCAUUUCGCUAGAUACCUGGUUCCCUAAUCGAUAUUUUAACUAGGGAAUGGGCUAGAUAUAUUAGUAACGAACGUUUAAAGCGAUUCCCGCGUCUUAAACCUACAGACGCGGCAAUAUUUUUCGGGGCAAUUGCUCCGAUCAUUUUGUAUUAAAAAAAUUUAUUGAUAGACCGAAACCACUACUUCUUCGUCCAUUGAAUUUUUCUCACAGCUUAACGCGAUAAAAAAUAAAAACUCUUAUUGCGAUUAUCAUAAAACUAUUUUUCCACAUUCCAAUAAUAUUUGCGAAAAAUACUAUACGUAUGUAUUUUACAGUGUUCCUCGAAAAUGUUUAGUUAUUUUUUUUUAGUUGUGUCUGUAUGCUUUUUUUAGUUUUAUUGUGCCUUAAACGCAUUUUUUAAGAAGUCGUGGAUGGGGAUGUUUCUACAAUAAAUAGCAACUUUCUGUCCGUUAAUGUUGGCAGCUCCAUAAGAAAAAAUUGACAUUUCAUACUUCAACGCCGGACCGAAACUAACAAAUCGUCGAUACGAAUAAAUCCCGUCUCACGUUUCGUAUUUGUCAAAUUGUAAAUAUUUUGUAAAUAGUACGAAUUUAAUUUUGACUGAUAAACCAUAGUUUUCGUAUUUUGCUACUAAACAAAUUAAUUUUUUACUUUUUUAAGAUCUGUAAUACGUAUAAGUACUAAUGAAUAAAAAUAUAUAUUAGAUGCUCUUAUUAUUAUUAUUAUUGCGAAAUGUAAGACUAAUUUUAAAAAACAAUAAAUUUAAU